CGGCAAUGGGGAGCUUAAGGUUGAGCACAGUUAUUGUCGCUGCUGUUGUCAUUUGUUUCUCCAUCCUCCUCCUAUCUCCUACCGGAGUGGAGGGAAGCUGUGACUUCCCAUUCGGUGCGUGUACCCCUUUCCGUGAUUGCAAGGAGAGCUGCAUCAAAUUCAGAAAUGGGAAGUUUUUUGAUGGCAAGUGCCGUCCGAGGGAUAAACCAAGUAUGUGGGCGGCUUGUUUCUGCUGCUAUUAUGAUGAUAUGAAUGCUGGAAAGCAGAGCAUGUGAUUGUAAACGACAUCACUUUAGUGUGUGUGUUUUGCAUGCUUAUGAUAUCAUCCCCACAUUUGUUGUAUUCUGCUUUGUUUCUGUUGUAUUUUGAAUCUCUUGUAUUUUAAAUAAUGAAGGUUAUUUCCC